AUGGCUUUCAAGUUUGUAUUCGCAUUUGCCUUCAUUGCUGUAGCCAGUGCUGGCUAUAUCCCCACUGCCUAUCACACAUCGGCACCUGUGGCUAUCCACACAUCGGCUCCCGUAGCUGUGGCCCAUAAAGUUGUUGUCAAAUCGGAAGAAUUCGAUCCUCAUCCUCAAUACAAAUUCAGCUAUGGUGUGGAUGAUAAAGUAACCGGUGACUCCAAGAGCCAAAGUGAAGAGCGCGAUGGUGAAGCUGUUCAUGGUGAAUACUCUUUGAUUGAUGCUGAUGGUUACAAACGUACCGUGCAAUAUACUGCCGAUGAUGCCAAUGGUUUCAAUGCUGUUGUUCAACGUGAACCUUUGGGCCAUGCUGUCGUGAAGAGUGUUGCACCGGUGGCCCACUAUGCUGCCCCAGCUGCUGUGGUGAAACAUGUUGCUCCAGUCGCUCACUAUGCUGCUCCCGCAACUAUUGUUAAGACCGUUGCUCCUGUUACACAUUAUGCUGCCCCCGCCACUGUUGUUAAGACCGUAGCUCCUGUGGCUCAUUAUGCUGCCCCAACUCAUUAUGCUUCCUAUGAAACUCCCGCCUACAGCUAUCAUCAUUGA